AUGGAUCUGCAAUCUCCCUCAAUUCUGGCACAACUGCCUCGUCCCCUCCACGCCACCACCGGCAAAACCCGUAUCGGGGAUGUCUUCAGUCUCGCUGAUUCCAAGAAGCGCAAGCGCUAUGAGGUCGCUGUGGCGGUUGACGGAGAGGCCGUGAACAUUUACAAUGUGAGACUGAAAGCUUUCAAAUUUAGCUCCUUGCUCUUCAUGUCUAAUUUUUUCUCCGACUCAAAACAGAUUCAAACUCCCAAACUCGUCACAUCCUACGCCGUUCCGCCCCAGUCAAAAUUCUCUUGUCGACCAUGCUCAGUGCGCCGAAAAUUGAAGACGACCGUGAAACGACAGACCUUUGCUGCUGCAAUCAAGCCCGAACAGCAGAUCAAAUCCUUCGUGGAAGAGAUCAGCAGUGGCUCCAGCGCUCCGACCAUCUCCUCUUCAACAACCACCAUCAAAGACUCUCGAAGCCCAGUCGCAUUCCUAGGCAUUGUUCCCUUCAGUAUCAAGGAUGGUGUAGAAUCUGACCCUUUCGAUAUCAUCGCGGUGCAUGAAGACGGUCACGUUCGCCGACUAUCAUCCGACCUGAAAACUCAGCGCUGGAGUAUUCAGCACAGCGAAAUCUCUAAGGUUUCGUCCACUCACGCAGUACACACAUGCUUUUUGAUUGAUUUGGAGGAUGCGCGUAAGGGUUUAUUCAAGCGCCGACAGGACCUUGUGGCCCUUGCUCUGGCUGGAUCGAAUGUUGGCGAAGAUGAGCCGUCAGUUUUACUCGUCUUGUCGCUUCCUACAAAUGCUGGACAUAUUGCACUUGAAGAUGUCAAUGUCCAAAUAUUUUCUGUGCCUGCGAAGUCCAUCAAUUCGUCGGAAGAAAGUCAAAGACUUCAACAUCUUCAAACGGUGACAGUUCCCUCUGUCGAUGGCCUUCAGAAAGUUAGCGCAGAAACCCUGCAGUGGAAUUUCCACUCGGGCUCUGCGGGGCUGCAAUUGUCCUUCGACAAGGGAUUUAUCAACAUUGAUCUAUCGCAAUAUUCACCUUCAGUGACAUCUCAAUUCAUAUUAGAUGACAAAUUUUCGUCCGUCAUGCGCAUCUCGCCCCAAUGCGUGAUUGGCGCAAGUGAAUCACUAGUUGCAGUUUACGAUACCCAAUACCAGUCAAUCCAGCGCAGCAUUGCGACAAGUGAUGUUCUAUCCAGCAGUGGCUUGAACACUGAUCGCCCUACAGUUUUCAUCACUUACUUCGCGAAGCUAGGAAUUGCCGUCGCAACCAAAGGAAAUACAUUGAUUGCGUUCGACUUAACUUCGCUCCAUACACCUUCCGCUCCAUCGCUCAAGCGGUCUCGGGAUGGCCUUCUGAUUGAUGCGAUCGGCCGCGGUAUUGGUUCAUCUGCAGCUCAGUGGGAUAUGUCGUCGAAGAAGCGUCAGGCAGAAAAUAAGGCAUCUCUGCAACUUGAUUCGACUGAGAAAAUCGAAAAAUGGAAUGUUUUUACGAAGGGUGUGGAAGAGGCAACCAAUGCUCGUGAUACUACCAAGUUUGACAAUGCGUUACUGGCAUUCUUUGAGGUCGAAACUCCUGCGGCACUUCCAACAGAGUUCAUCAACUCGGAGUAUUCCCUCUUCAUUCUGUCGAAGAUCUUUGCCAUCGAGAACGUGGCAUCCUCAGAUGCAGCUACGGCUUCUUCCCAAUCCCAGCUACGAGUUGUUCUAUGGCCGAAAGCUACCUGCAAGUGGCUUCUUCGUCUCGGUCACUUUACCCUAGAUAACAUUCAGGUUGCCCUCCGCCGUGUCAAUAAGCCGCAGGUCCUCCAACCUCUACCUACUGGUUCCUUUGUUCAAGCCUUAGUCGACUCCGACCCAUCGUUGGGACAUAUUAACGAAGUUAUCCGUCAUUCCUCGAUUCUUGCUUCUUCCGAUGAAUUGUCAUUCGCCUUGAAGCAUUUCUUAAAACAAGUGCACUCCUACUUCAGCACCCUCCAAGAAACCGCUAGGGCCAUCUCCAACAACGAUGCUGCGACGCCUACAGAGGAACUUACUCGACGUCUUGGCAGUGAGAAAACCAUCGUCGAGGCAAUCUUCAAGGGCUUGAAUACCUCUCUCAACAAGCUUCAUUCACAUCCCAUCCCUUCCAUCAUCAAAUCCCUCCGUUCCAACCUCUCGCGUUCAGAGCUUCUGUUCAUGAUCGAUCAUCUCCGACUCUGUCUUGCCACCGGUGGCUUCACAUCUCCAUUCGGUGAAAAUCCCCCCUACGCCCAUCACCCCUGCACAAAUCAAACCUACCGUUUCUCUCAAGACGAUCACUCUGGAGCACUCAACGACGCAAGCCGGGAAGCCGAGCUCAUCACAGACCUCAAGUCAGAGGUAUCCGCUGCGCUCGGCGGCAUCGAGGAAUCGCUUUAUCUGAAGGGCAUUCUGCGUGAGCUACUUUCGUUCACUGAGGCCACGCAGGCUAUGAAAAAGCAUGCCUCCAGCAAAUCGGAACGCGACACCACCCCCAAUCCAUCGAACUCGGUACGCUAUGAGAAGCUCAAUGGCGCCGAUCUGAUGAUAUUCACUCAACCAGAAGAUGGCGAUGGCUUUGAUGCGGAUGCAAGCGGCAAGAUGCUACCAUUGUCGAUGAAGCCUGCUUCCAAGAAUGUCUCAAAAACCAAGGUCAAGAAGUCUACUGGUGAGACUAAGGCUCGCACUUCACGUGAGAUUGGAUAUCUCAAUCGCAAGGCUGCGGGCAAGUACUCUUUCGAGAGACUGCUUAUCUAG